ACCCGAGCCCGGGAGAAGGACGGGAGGAAGGGGAAAGGGGAAUGAAAGAGGGAGAAAGAAAGAAGGUAGCGGCAGCGCGCACACUCUCACACCCCCGCUGGAAAAGUAAAUACAUCGCUGAAGCCAGAGGCGCGGGGGGGGGGGGGGGGGGGGGGGAGCGACGGGGGACGCCGGGCAGGCUGCCCUCGGGAGGGGCGUGGGGUAGACUGAAGGAAGCCAGCCAAGAGCGGGGACCACCCGAAACGAAGGGGACCCAUCCGGAGACGGCGUCCCAACUCGCCCCCCCCCCCCCCUCGGCACCCCCCCACUCCCAAACCUCCGCGCCACGGAAUCUCCUCCUCCCGGGAGCCGCGGCCUGGCCCCGAGGGACGAAGGCGGCGGCCCCUCGGAGAGCCGAGGGGCGGCGGGGGCCCGGGCCGGCCCAAGGCAAACUUCGGUUGGGAGCGGCGUGCCGGCAGCCGGCCGCCUGCCCCGGAGCGGGGAGGGGGGGGGUGUGUGUGCGAAGGGGGGUGGUGGCGGGAGGAGUUCCGAGAGCGGAGGAGCGGGAGGAGAACGCGCCGGAGAGGAGGGAGCGGGGACCCCUCCGCCUCGCCCCUCCGAGCGCAGCCCGCGGCAGCGAGCGGCGGCACCGGGCAGCGGCUGCAGCCGAGGGAUGCGCAGCGCCGGCCACAACUUCCUCGGCACGGGGAGGGCUCAGGUCGCGGCAGGAACGGGCUCGGGAGCCGGGCGUGCCCGCACCGCCGGGCCGGCAGUGCCCUGCGGCAACGGAGGCGAAGACGGAGAACGGAGGUGGCGGCUCGGACCGAGCGCAGGAGCGGCGCGGAGACCUGUUGACCGAGCGAGGAGAAACCGUGCCCGAGCGGGACCCCGAGCCGCGGGCUGCCCGCCCAGCAGAGCCGGGAGCGGCGGGAGGAGAGGGACCCCCGGGAGAGGGUCCGAUGGGCGCGGGGCCGGGGGAGCUCCAGGUGCCUCGCUCCGGUCGCACACGGGGCGGCCGAUCGUGUCCGUGCGGCCACGUGCCCCGUUUGGAGCGCAUAUAAACGGGCGGGUGUGUGCGGCACAGAGGUUGCUAGUUGUGGAAAUGCGGCAGGCAGAAAAACGAGUGGGAACAAAUCUGGGCAAGUGCUGAAGACAGCCCAGCAAAAGGGCUGCGAGGACUGGUGUGCACUCGUGCGUCACCUCCCCCUCUCCACCACGGCCCUCCCCUGCCGUGCCAUCCUGCCGCUGUGCCUCACCCCAGCCAGCUCAUCUGCUCCUUGGUAUGGCUGCAGAGCAGAGCUGGGAAGAUGUGCCUGAUUGCAAGUGCAGAGGUCGGUGCUGGAGCCUGGGCCGUAGGGUUGUCACAUCUACCUGAGAGUGCACCAGCCUCAGGAAGAGGCUGUCCACCUGCUGUCCACCUGCUGCAGCCCCUCAGCUGACUCACAUCCUGCCCCUCGCAGAGCAGAGCCCCAAGAUGCCAGCCAAGAAUGUCUGUGUGCCUCCAGUGCCUCAGCCCUGGGAACAGCAGCACCGUCUUCCCUCCAGCAGAGCCUGGAGGCUGCUGUGUAAAGGGACAGCCUCAAAUGGGGAAGUGCGGUCUCCCUCCAUAACACAGACAGGCACAUGGUCCCUGUGUGGCGCUGAGGCCCAGAGGUACAGAGGAGCGUGGUGCAGUACGUGCUACGUGCUGCCAUCUCUGCCUGUUCCUGCUUUACCUUGGCAGCAGGUGAGUUCAGGAUCUUUGGUGGGCAAAUGUUCCCACUUCAGCGCUGUCAUUCAUUCAUGGCAGCGUUCUCACAUGGCAGCUCAGUGUAGAACAUUAGAACCAAGCAUAAAUUCCAAACCAAUGCCAGUCCUCCCAAGCCACGUGUUACAUAACGGCUGGUAUCACAGGCACCCUCCUUGACGCAGUGAUAGCCUCAAUCAGGCAGAGGCACCAUGGGUGGAACUCUUAUUGCAUCAGGCUGACUCCCCAUGAAUGAGCAGAGGACUCACACAUCCUCAAAAUAGAAUGUACCUUGGUACUGCAGGGUGAGCAAUGUGGGCGCACUGCUUUCUCUUUUCUCUCUCUUUUUGUUUUGUUUUGUUUUUUACUAAAGGCUCAAAACAAGCUCUGGUCCUGCAAGCACAGCACACACAGCAGCGAGUCUCUGCAUAUGAGCACCAGGUGACGGAAGGAUUGUGUUAUGGGCUGCUCUAGGCAGGAUCCAGAACAAAGUGCUGAACUUGAGGAGAGUUCUUCCAGAGGUUACAGCGAGGUCUGGGUUGUCAGCCUGCCCCUGCUUGCACAGCACUGGGCACAGUGGAGCCCUCAACCUUGACUGGGCUGUCUAGGAAUGACUGUGAAAUGAAUGGCACAAAGCGCUUGGGAUGUAGACUCAGAUAGCAAAGUCCUCCUCUAAGAGCACACAGCCUUGUACUUGUGGGUCGGCAGGCUGGGAGGCACUAGUUACAAAGGAAACCAGUAACAGCUCACCUGUCUAAUGUUUCAUUGUAGCCAAACUCUGCUUUUAGUUUUCAUUACUCCAGAAGUUGCUAUUAGUUAUUUUGUAUUUUAGUUAUAUUUUCAUACUUUUGCAAGUAAGCUUGUAACAUGCCCCUGACAACUUGUAUCCUAAGCUUCAAGCCAAGGCAUCUCAAGCGUUGCAGGUUUAGAACCGACUUCCAAUGUGAAUCCAUACCGUCUUAAUUAUAGGAGUAUCAGCAGCCACGAUACGAGGGAAGUAGCAGAGCUUUCAUUACUAAAGAGGCACAGUAGUUAAGGUCUGUCAGUGUUCCUGUUACAAUCCCCAUCUUGAAGAGGUUAUAACUUGGGCUGUGUAAAUUUGAUUGAGCUGAAACUUGGGACUCAAACUGUCAGUCCAUAUAGGGAUUUACCUUAUGAAUAAUUGGCUAAUCCGUUGCUUGAUUCAGAGGCCUUUAUAAAAUGAUUUUAAUGGGUUUUAAUGUUUUUUUCUUUUACUGACAUCUAGGGUAUGAAUGUGGUACUUCUAGCUCUUUUGAAGCUCCAUAUUGAACAGCAUAUGUAUAGGUACAUGCAUUAAAACUAUACAGCAACAGAGGAGUUCAUGGGGCACACGUAUCACUCAUGCAUCCAUGCGUUCACAUAUACAGACAGAGACUGUGUAGGAGAAGUGAGACAAUUUAUCUAUCUCAGAGUAUGUCAGAUAAAUGGAAUAUAAAUGCCUCAGACAGAAGGGAGCUAAAGCACAUCCACUGUGUCUGCUGUGACCCUCGGUCCCACACUGACCAGCUGUCAGACCUGCUCACACCACCCUGCUGGGAAAGGUGGGUGUUCCCUGAUCCAGACACCCGAAGCAGUUCUGGUGCACUACAGGACAGUGAACAGGUCACUUCCAUUGGCUAUAGAUGCAGUGAGAAUAGCAAGGGACAGGAAAAGAUCUGUCAUAUCAUCGAUCACUUGGUUUUCUUUGUUAACAGUUUUUGGGGACUUAUCAUUUUGGGGGGAACAUUUUCUUUCUUCAAACUGUAUGGAAGUGAGUCCCAUGUGCACAUUGGCACCAGAACAGUCAUCGUGGCUGCACUUUCAAAGGCAUCGGACACUCAACUUUUCACGCUGGGCUUAAGUGUGGCUUUGUGUUACAAAUUAUUUUACUUAGAAUUGCUCUUCCUGCUAGUUCCAAACCUCUGUGGCUCAGAGACACUUUUUAUCACUUCAGAUCACUCUAAGCCAGAUCAUGCACAUCUGGGGAAGGAUGCAAAGUUUCUUUGACCCUAGCAGAAAAUACUGGCAAGCCCGAGGCCAGCAAGAUGAGCCACAGACCAUGAACAGGUUGCUCUAGUGGAGCCAGGAUCCAAAACAUUUCUCCACUAACCUUCUAAAUGUUUGCAGAGCAUGAACACUAUCCUUUGAGAGGCUGCUGAGAUGCUAAGUCAUCCAUUUACCUAAGCAGGUACUCUUUGAGCUUAUGUUAUUGACCAAAGUGUCUUUCUAAUCAGUUUUCUGGCUUUAGCUGCUAGGUUUUAUGGAGAUCCCUAGCUAGCCCAAGGCCAGGAAUUACAGCCACCUCAAGCCACAGUCAGGCAGGCAUAACCUUCUGGCACAGCAGACACUGAGCUCAGGCAGGGUGAGCAUGCUGCAUGGGUCAAAAAGGCUGGGCCAAGCUUCCAGCAAACUCCUGGUAAGGCUCAAAGCAGGAGGAAGCUGUGAGUCUGGCUCUCUGCAGCUGUGCCAUGGGGCUUGACCUGCAACUUUAAGAAUGGGCAGCAGUCACCGGUGCCUGGCAUUAAGGCAUGCCAGCAAGAAAUUUGUUUCCUGGUUUCUGUUUACUGCAGCUGGAGUUAUUUCCCUGGUAAUCAUGGGCACUGGUGCCAACAACCACUGUUCUGCAGGUAUGUAUGUAUGUAUCACUCCCACCAAUUAGCAGGAGUGCACCCCAAGUUUUAAAAGCAAUGGCACACCGUCACUUCAGAGUGUCCUGCUAAUCAGCAAGAAAGUACAUGUAGGCUGGGCAGAGCUGGUCUGCUCCUGGCCAAAUGAAACGUGUGGGGCAGCACCAAUCUUUUCAAAGAGUGGUUGUUUAAGAUCAGCCUUCUCUCGGGAUCAUAACGAUAAGCUUUUCAUGCUCCCCCGAAAGAACAGAUCCAAGGGGCUCAAGAUCUUAUCACCCCUAACAGGAAAUCUAGAAAGUUCCACUCUAAAUGUGGCAGGAGAAGAUGGAAUUGCAAAUGUUUUGUCUCGGAAAAUAAAUCCAGCUACACCUCCAUCAAAGUAAAUAAGAAUUCUAGGAUGACAAAACUAAUUAAUAAAACCAAGUCAGCCAAUAGAAGUGUCAGUGGUCAGUAUUUAUACAUUUCACAUCAUCAUUCCCCGUAUUAAUUUUGUAUUACUGUUUUAGAUUACAUUCAGUUUUAGCCUUUAGUUUCAGCAAAGAAGAAAUACAUGUGCUAUCUGGAACAUGGUACCAUUUGUGUGAAGCUCCAUCUAGAUGGAAAAAAUAAAGAACUGUUGAGAUAGCAGAGAUCUUCUGCAUUUAAAAACAUAAA